UGGCCCAAACCCCUAUACAGACAGCGCCCUAAGCCCUAUCGGCCUACCCUGUACCCUCCCAACUCUCUCAUAUUUAUACAGAAGGUUCAGAAACACAUCACAUCAGUCUCAAGCAGCUAUCAAUCCACAGCACCUUUAAAAGCGUACAGAUUGAUUUGAGGUUUUUGAUACGGAGUGUACGGACAAAGAUGGAGGCCAUAGCAGUUGCAGCGCCACCCAGUCAACAGCCGGAGGAGAAGAUUCACAGCGAUGUCAUGCUCUUCAACCGCUGGUCAUACGACGACAUUGAGGUUAAGGACCUUUCUGUUGAGGAUUACAUAACUGCAACUGCCGCCAAGCACCCGAUCUACAUGCCCCACACGGCCGGGAGGUACCAGGCCAAGCGGUUCAGGAAGGCCCUGUGCCCAAUUGUCGAGAGGCUGACCAACUCGCUCAUGAUGCAUGGCCGUAACAAUGGUAAGAAGAUGAAGGCUGUCGCCAUUGUCAAGCACGCCAUGGAGAUCAUCCACUUGUUGACUGAUGCGAACCCGAUUCAAGUUAUUGUUGAUGCAGUGAUCAACAGUGGACCAAGAGAAGAUGCGACCAGAAUUGGGUCAGCAGGUGUUGUGAGACGUCAAGCAGUUGAUAUUUCCCCCCUUCGUCGUGUAAAUCAGGCGAUAUAUCUGCUGACAACUGGCGCCAGAGAAAGUGCUUUCCGGAAUAUUAAGACUAUUGCUGAAUGCCUUGCUGAUGAGCUCAUCAAUGCUGCUAAAGGUUCUUCCAACAGGUAA